CUCUUGUAAUCAUGACUUCUUCUGCCAUCAUUGCUCCUCUCUCUCUCUCUCUCUCUCUCUGUGCAGAUACAAACACAAAGAUCACUACUAGAUUGCCUUCAAUUGAUUUAUUAUCAUCACCAUUUUCGAUCUUCUCCUCCGAUAUAAAUCCCCUCGAACCCAUACCCCAUUCUUCGUCCUCACUCUUCUCUCUCUUCUCUCCCUCUCACACUCUCUAAAAGCUAUGUGCAGAUCCUCUUCCCCAAAUAAAUCUGUGCCUUCCACUUUUGGCCUUCCACGGCCUUCAUCCAAGAAGCACCACAAGCAUCUUCAAUUCACCCUCCUCAAAAGAAAGAGGAGGGCAUCAGAAUUGACGAAGGAAGGAGGAAGAAAGACGAAGAAGAAGAUGAAAUCAGAGAUUGAAAUGAAGAAUCUGAAACUGUAUAUGGAGAAUCAGAGCAUAAUAGAAGAGAAUGAGAGGUUGAGGAAGAAGGCUUUGCUUCUUCAUCAGGAGAAUCAAGCUCUCUUGUCUCAGCUACAGAACAAGCUUUCUCAUCAAGCUACCACCAAACUUAACCUCAUCAAUUAAUUAAUUUUACUGCCUAGUUUUUUUUUUCACCCGAUUUCUUAUGUCUUGAUUAUCCUUAAUUAGUUUCUUUUCUAUAUAUAUAUAUAUAUAUAUUUGGGGUCCUUAAUCUAGUCUUGCCUUGUAGUUUUUCUUUUUUAUUAUAGAGUUCUGUUAAUUAGUUUGGAGUUAAAUAAGGGUAUGUAGGCAGUGUUCAAGUAUCAAAUUGUAGCCAUUACAUAUGAGGAAUAUGUGCAAUUAAUGUUGUUGUUGUUAUUA